UAUCCACAUCCGCCCAUCUUUUUCGGUCCCUGGCAGCCCGUCGUGUUCGUUAGCCGGAAACUCCUCAGCGUCUGUCUCCAGCUCACCUGCUGAAAUGGCCAAGCCUCGAGUUUUCUUCGACAUCACCGCUGACGGAAAGUCCGUGGGCCGGAUUGUGAUGGAGCUCCGUGCAGAUGUGGUGCCCAAGACUGCUGAAAACUUCCGUGCCCUCUGCACCGGUGAGAAGGGAUUCGGCUACAAGGGCUGCACCUUCCAUCGCAUCAUCCCUGAAUUUAUGUGCCAGGGUGGCGACUUCACCAAGCACGAUGGAACCGGAGGAAAGUCCAUCUAUGGCAACAAGUUUGCAGAUGAGAACUUCACCCUGACACACACCGGCCCAGGAAUCCUGUCCAUGGCCAACGCUGGCCCAAACACCAACGGGUCCCAGUUCUUUAUCUGCACUGUCAAGACAACAUGGCUGGAUGGUAAGCACGUGGUGUUCGGCAGUGUGGUGGAGGGCAUGGAUGUGGUAAAGAAGAUGGAGUCGUAUGGCAUUAGCAGCGGGAAACCCAAGGCCAAGGUCGUGAUUGCUGACUGCGGGCAGCUCUGAGCUCAUCGCCCUUCAUGCCUGCCCUUUAGCCACUCCCUCUUAGGCGCCACCCCUCCACAGUUCAACAUUCCUAUUGAUGGAGAUCCCCUUGGCCCUGCCCCUUUUAUAUUCUGUUGAAAUCUUGUUGCUGCAUUUGUGACUUUGCCUUUUGGAAGUUUCUUUUGCAUUAACAUUUUUUUCCACCAAGUCCUGAUGGUUUUUUUGUUAUAUCAAAAAAAAGAGAGAAAAUAAACAAAUGAUGCCUUGACAAUUGAAA